AUGGCUACUCCUCACAGCCCAAAGGAAAGUCACACCCUCAAUAUCCUCCAGAUUAAUCUGCAACGGUCUAAAGCAGCCUCCACAGAAGCUCUGCAGAUGGUGCAAGACCUCAAAGUGGAUAUCCUUGUAAUCCAAGAGCCCUAUGUCUACAAUAAGAAGAUAGCUAUGCUGGGUAACAACAAGAUUCAUAACACAAUUACAUCAGACAACAGGAUUAAAACUGGUAUCAUUGCCUACAAUAACAGCAUUAUGACCCAACUCAUAGCACAGCACUCUAAUAACUACUUCACCACGGUGAAGGUUGACACAAGGGACGACGGCAUUUAUAUCAUCUCAUUCUAUUGUUCCCCAGACGAGGAUCUUACACACCCUCUGGAUCUCCUGAGUCUGACCAUGGAACAGCUUAAGGGCAACAAAGUUAUCGUUAUGGGAGACUUCAAUGCUAAGUCGCACCUCUGGCACAGUCCAAAGGAAGACCCGAGGGGGUACAAACUCUGUGAACUAAUUGCAGCCUUUAGCCUCACGUCUCUCAAUGACAGCCCUUUGCCUACCUUCUCUACGGUCCUGGGGGACAGUUGGGUGGAUGUUUGUCUUGGCAACCCCAAUCUUCUCAAACAGAACAUCACCUGUAACACCAUUGAUAAGGUCUCGGCAAGCGACCAUAAUUAUAUACUUACCUCCAUAGAAAUUGGGGAAGUUGGUGGUAGGUGCAAAAUCAUCAAUAUUACAAACUGGGAGCUCUAUAAAUUAUGUCUGGCUGAUCUCUGGAGACCGGAACCCCUGAUUGACAUCAAGAAAGGGGAGGAGUUGGAGAAAAUUGUGAAUGUCCUAACAGACACUAUCCAUAGGGCAUAUCACAUGGCUACCUGUAUAAAGGUGAAAAAGAGUGUGUAA